AUGCAACCUCAUGAGAAGGUUGCUGUUCUGAAUCCUGUGGCCUCCAGGCCUUUAUCCAGCUUAAGGUCCUUCCCAAAGGUUCUGCAAGACUUCAACGUGACCGGUUCCCCAACAAUCAUCAUUUGGGAGGAGUUAGAUCUAAUCAGGCCAAAAGCCACUCGGUUUGCAUCGCUGCUGGGUGAUCUUCCAACACAGAUAGCAGCAACCAUACAUGCCAAACUUCCAAGAGGCAUGGUACGGGUGGCCGUUUAUCACUUGAUGGGUACAACUGGAGGAAAUAUGGGCAAAAGAAAGUGA